AUGGAGGGGUAUAGAAGUAGGGUCAGGGAANACACCGUGCCACACUUCGCCUACUCCGACAUCCUCGCCGCCACGAACGCUUUCUCCGCCGACACCUUCUUAGGCAAAGGCAGCCACGGCAGAGUCUACAAAGCCACCCUCCACGGCGGCGCGCUCAUCGCUGCCGUCAAAAAAACCAACCCUUCUAAGGAGAUAGAAAUUCUCUCCCACCUCAAAAGCCCGCGCUUGGUCAACCUAAUUGGCUUCUGCAACGACCGAACUAACUGCAACAAUAACAAACUCAUUGUUGUGGAGUAUAUGCCCAACGGUUCGCUCCACGACCUUCUCCACUCCACCAAAACGGUUGGGCCUCCCGGUUGGACAGCCCGUGUCCGGUUCGCGGUUCACGUCGCAAAAGCUGUUCGUUUUUUGCACUCGUCUGAACCUCCCGUUAUUCACCGUGAUAUUAAAUCGUCCAACGUGUUAAUCGACGAUAAGUGGAAAGCGCGACUCGGUGACUUCGGACUCGCGUUUCGAGGACACAUGGCGGAUUCUCGCGUGCCGCCAGCGGGGACGUUAGGGUACCUCGACCCGUGCUAUCUUGCGCCGGGGGACUUGAGUCCCAAGAGCGAUGUCUUCAGUUUUGGAAUCUUGCUGCUGGAGAUAGCGAGUGGGAGGCACGCGAUUGACGUGAGGCACAGUCCGCCGUCGGUGUUGGAUUGGGCGGUGCCGUUGGUCCGCCGUGGCCAGUUCCGGGAUAUUUGCGACCCCCGGAUCGGGGUGCCGCCGAACAUGGCAGCGUUCCGCAGGAUGAUGGUGCUAGCCGCGAGGUGUGUGACGUCAACGACGGAGAGUCGGCCGACGAUUGCGGAGGUGGUGGAGUGUCUGACGGCGGUAAAGAAGAAUUUUGACGCAUCGCUGGUGUGGAUGAGAAUGAUACGGCGCGUGGUGAAGGCGCGUGGCGAUGAUUGGGACAGGAGUGAGGAGUUUGUGAGAUUAGUUAAAGGCGGGAGUAGAAAGAGUAGAAGGAAUGGGAAGGUAUCUAGCAUGUUGGGUGUACAGUAUGAGAAUGGACCCGAAAAUCACACGGUUAGGUCAAGAUCCGUUGGUUCUGGUUUUUUCGGGGAUGUGAAAAUUAACUCGGUUAUGGAAAGGUACCCUAACCAAUUCGGGUUCGGGUAUAGGAAGGUAAGGCUAAAGAGAUCGAUGUCUAUGGGGCUUUUGAAACAUUAUGGUAAUGAAUCAAAUACGUGUCAUGAGAGGCAUAACGAUACUCAUAACAAUGAUUACGUUAGAGUGAGUUCCACAGAGAUGGAACUUUCAAAGUUGGGUAUUGUGGAUAAGAAUUUGGACUAGAGAAUCGAAGUAACUGAGUAGCAUAUAUUGCUUUUGUGAUUGAGUUUUUGAUACACAUGCAUGGGAAGAGGGUUACCCAGAAACGAUUUGGUGCAUGUGGAUACCACUAACACUUUAGCAUCUUACUUGUCAACAGAAAAGAAAUUGCUGACCUAGUCAUAUUAAUAAUAAUAUUCUUGAUUUU